CAACGCCCACCUUACAGCUACGCGGUUGCCUUACAGCAGAAACAAACAGGCGGGAUGGCGCUCAGGGGGAGGAAAACCUGUUGAUAAGCGGUAAAAAAAUAAACUUCAUUUACUGACCAGAAUUUAACACAAUCCUAAUCCUAAUCCAGCGUGUUUGCUGGCUUUUCUGGGACAUUAGAAACCCGCCAGCGUGUCAGAAGUGUGCCAUUGCUGUCCUUGACCAAUGUUUGGAACCCCAUCCACACUCCCACUUAAGGCUCAGGAUGCUUCAAGCUGAGACUGUCCAGCUCCUGUGCCUUACUGCAGCCAGCGGGGUCCCCCUCUUUUCCCGUGGCUCCUCUAAGCAGCUCCCCUUCUCUGUCAUCGGCUCCCUGAAUGGCGUCCACAUGUUCGGGGCCGGACAGGGUGCCCUGCUGUCCAGCUGUGAGACGGAACGAGGUAGCAGAGUGGUCUGGAGGGUCUUUCAGGAUAGCCUUAUGCUCAUAGCUGUGAGUGGCAGCGGCAAUAAUGCAGUUAGCAAGCUGCAUCUGCACCGCCUGCUGGAGAAUACGUGGAACUGCAUGGUGCUAGUGCUGGGCCAGGACGAGCUGGCUAACAUGCGCAACGUGGAGCGGCUAAAAAGGGAGCUGCGUUCUUGUUACCGCUUAAUUGACAGGCUUCUGGAGCGUAGGGGUGAGGACCAGGGCUUUAUGGGUGAUUUGACACAUUGCGCCGACUGCCUGCUGCCUUCUCAUCCUGCGAUACUGCAGCAGGCGCUGGACUCCUUCACCCAGGCAGCCAACAGCGAAUUUGGCUGUUUGCUUAUCCAAGGCCGAGUUGCACUGGCUACUGAAAAGUGGUGGCGCCUUGCUCCUCAAGAGGUCGUUCUCCUGUCCAUUCUUGUAAAUUUGCUCUCAGGGGUCACGUCCUGUGACUACCCAGUCUUUCUGCCCCAGGGCAGCCCCACGGUCGCUCACAGGCUGCUCUGUUUCCAGCUGCUCCCCAGUGCAUUUGUAUGCGUGCUGUGCGGCCCCAGUCCCUCCCUGCACCAUGUGGAGAGUGAGCUGGUGGGCUGUUUCUGGUCCCCUGUGGUGGAGACCCUCCGUGGCUGCCUGGAGCAGGGUGAGCGCUCCCCCCUGCCUCCCUCCGUCAGUCUCCGCUGGGACGUCCAAGCCCUGCUGCUCAUCAAUCGUGAAACGCGGCGCUCUGUGGGGGCCUGCCCACGUGCACGCAGCCACCCCUCCUCAGAGGCCCAGCCCCUCUCUUCUCCAGGUCGCCGCUGGGAGCUGUUGCGCCACUUCUACACGUUCGCAGUGACUCGCUAUUUUACCUCAGAAGAGGCGUCUACCUCGCCCGACUCGUCCACAUCUGCAACCGCCCACGAGUCCCUCCAUGAGGAAUUUUCUGGAGGUUUCACCCACCAGCCUGUGCAGUGUUACCUUGUGACGGACGAGUGCAAGUGUUACGGUCUGCAGACGCCUCAGCAUCAGCUCUACCUCCUCACAGAUCUCUCUGUGCCCACCUUUGCCUUACGCUCCGUCGCAACUCAUACUCUCAAUGCUGUCACUGCCACAACUGGAUUCUAGGGCACUGACGGCUUGUGAGUGGUCAGUGUAAUGAUUCAGUUAGAGGCUUAUUUUGGAUAGUUUUUAAUCAAGAAACGUACACAGUUUGCACCUUUGUGCACUAGGGCUGCACAGUAUUUGUUAAUUGUCAUAAUACAUUCACCGGCCACUUUAUUAGGUACAAUUCAAUUUCAAUUGUUCAAUUGCUUGUUAACACAAAUUGCUAAUCAGCCAAUCACAUGGAAACAACUCAGUGC